AUGGCCAAAGAUCAAGAAUCAAUCAGUAAACCUGAAGGUGGUGAUUGCUCGGCGGCAUCCUCAGAAUCCUCAGUAUCCUCCUCGGAAGAGUCUGCUGAUAAUUCUUCUUGCUCAAACGAUAGCAGUACUUUCAAGGAUAUUUCCUUUGCUGAUGACAAGCCAGCAAAUCAAAUUCAUACGGACAAUACUAGCAAUGAUAUCUGUGGAACUUCAGCGACGGUAGCUUUGGACCCGAGGUUAAAAAUGAUCUAUUCAACAGUGAUGGAAACGCUUAACAGGGACCUCCGCCCUCAGAUCCAGAAAUUGGCAAAUGAUUCGGUCAAGUAUCACACUUUAAGGUCUGUGUAUCAUUUGCCGAGUAUCACUGAUCUUAAAAAGGAACUUAUGAGGCAAAAUGCAGAAGGAAUUCAAGUGAAUUUGGACAUCAAUUCUGCACAGUUACUUGGCAUGAUCAAUAAGGCUGCAGUUCGUACGCAGAAUUCUUCAUUUAGGAAUUCCGUCGGUUCCAACAGAAUGCCGAAAACGCGAUUGAAUACUGGCCUUAAAGAAAGUCUAAGUGCAAUACCAGAGAAAAGGGAUGUUGAAGACAACCACUUACAGCUUAGGCGUGCAAAGGUUAAAUAUAUCUUUCUUUCUCAGGUUGAGUCCUACGAGAGGUCAAGAGACCAAAGAGAUAUUAGAGACUUGGAUACUAAAGAAUUGGAGAUCAUUCUCAAAAGAAUCAAUAGUGGGACUUUCCCUGACCUUAAAGGCCUAAGGCGUAUAGUUUGGGGAUUUAAGAUGUGUUGCGGUAUUAAAGAGCAACCCAGGAAUGAAUACAUUUUGAAGGAGAUGGACAAUAAAGAACUAAAAUUAAGAAUACUCGAAUUAUUACAUAAUAGUCAGGCGGAUGAGGACAAUUAG